AUGGUACUAAGGUCGAUGCAAUCCGUGAUAUGGCAGCUGAAUGUAUGCAUCGAGAAUUUUCAUGCCUUAGGUCCCAGGAGGUCUGGCACUGGAAGAUCGAGUACUCCCGCCGUAACCUCUGGUUCAAAGCCAAAGAAGACGACAUCCUCUAACAAGACGCCUUCAAAGAAAUCCAGCAAGCUGGCCCCAAAAGCCAAGUCACCUCCAACUCCUCCCAAGCCGAAGCCCCGAAAAUCCACUGUCCCCAAACGCAAAGCUUCGGCGAGAAUUCUUGAUUCCAACGACGAACAAGAAAGUGGUGUUGGUGAAGUUGCGCAAAGCAAUGCCGUUUCGAUUGACUCCGAGUCAGAAACGUCCAACUCAUCAGUAGCUGUUCCUGUCACCCGCAAGCCUACAGUUCAACUUGGCCCCACUCGUCGACACGUCAGAUCAAUCGCGCCCACUGUUCCCCCAAAUCGGCUACCUUCACAAGCAGCACCAGCGGUGUCAUUUGUCAACCCCAAUCCCAAUGUCAUCAAUAAUCCCCGCUCAGCGACUGCGCCGACAAGCCGCUUGAUUCAUCCUUUCCCUUCCAGUGCUGCUCAUCCUUGCCAACCAUUGCAUGAUCAUAGCAUUAACCGCACAAAAGGUCGCGACAUCUCACAAACAAAACGCCCAGCUGUCCCCCCAACUUCUUUCCAUGAUCUCAAAGUUCACUCAGGUCCUGGUUCCCACAAUCCCAAAGCUCACUUGUCUCCUAGUUCCCAUAAUCCCAAAGUUCACUCGGCUCCUGGUUUGCCAGCUGUUUACCUCUCAAAAAACACUCAGAGGCCAGGUCCCUCCAAAACCGAUUCAGCUCCUCCCAACUCGUGCACAAAAUCCAAUUCCAAUCCCAUUCAAAGCCUCAGCAUCAACGAAUGUCGACGCCUGUCCCGGCUGGUCAAUCAUCGGCUGCAGUUCUUGCAGUCUGAGCAUCGAACCAGACUCGAAGAAUUACGCCCAAGCAAGCUCCAAUCCUCAACUUUCCGCAUGCCUCCAGCAGAGAGCAAAACGGAACCGUGUUGGUAUACUGCGUUUUCCCAGCACGCAAAACAGGAAGAGCAACGCACUAUCCACUCUUUGAUUCCAUUUCGGCUGUCUUCUUGGUGGCUUCCUGUAACGGAUGCUGAAGUACCCAAACCACAAUAUUAUGGCUACGAACUUGAAUCAACAAUGCCCCACGAACCCUCUCUGUUAGAAGCAAUAAAUUAA